AUGGAUAUAGAAAUAGCUUCUGCUUUGAAGAAAAAGGCGAUUGUGAAUCCUGAACCAGAACAGAAGGACUUCCAAAAGCUGAAGCUAGGAAAGAUCAAUAAAGAAAAUUGGAAUCUGGUUUAUCAACGAAGGGAAGGUGGUAAUGUUCAAAAGAGCAUGUUUUUAUUACUCGACAAGCAUCUAUAUUCAACCACUGUUCUAAACAACAUUAUAGGACUGGUUGAAGUUACGAAGUCUAACAUCUCUGAUGAUCUGAAAUGCUUUACUGACAUGAUCAAGUGGUAUCUUUAUGAUCAUAAAUACCCUUCUGAAUCUGAUGACACGACUAUCCAAGGUUGA